CUCACUCUUUCUCUUCCUCUCUCUCCCUUUCUUUCUUUCUUUCUUUCUUUCUUUCUAUUUCUUUCCCUCCCUCUCCUUCCUGCUUCAUCUCUUCAAGAAAGUGAACAUAAAGUAAAAACAGAAAGAGAGAGAGAGGCAGAGAGAAAAAGCUCCCUGAAGAGGGAAGCCCCAGCAGCCAAUAGCUGUUUGGAUUUCACUGGCGCUGCCUUUCUUGCUUUGCUCCCAAGGAAUACCUUUAAUGGAAUCAAUUGCUUCGGUUUCUUUGUAACAAGUCCACCGGAAAGGCAGACUUAUGGGCAACUGUGUGAAGUCUCCACUGAGAAACCUCUCAAAAAAGAUCCGGCAUGAGGAGAAGACGUGCUAUAAAGCUGUCCAGACGAGCGAGGAGGGGCCGUCGGCCUGCGAGUACCAGGGUCCACUCAUGGUGCUAGCCCAGAACUGCGCCGUCAUGCACAACCUGCUGGGGCCCGCAUGCAUCUUCCUGAGGAAGGGCUUCGCAGAAAACAGGCAGCCUGACAGAGAACUGCGACCAGAAGAAAUUGAAGAACUACGAGAAGCCUUCAAGGAGUUUGAUAAAGACAAGGAUGGGUUUAUUAACUGCAGGGACCUGGGGAACUGCAUGCGCACCAUGGGCUACAUGCCUACUGAGAUGGAGCUCAUAGAGCUUUCCCAGCAGAUCAAUAUGAACCGUGGCCAUGUGGAUUUUGAAGACUUUGUGGAGCUCAUGGGACCAAAGCUUCUGGCAGAAACUGCAGAUAUGAUUGGUGUGAAGGAACUACGUGAUGCCUUCAGAGAGUUUGACACCAAUGGUGAUGGAGAGAUCAGCACUAGUGAGCUUCGGGAGGCUAUGAAAAAGCUGUUGGGGCAGCAGGUGGGCCAUCGAGAUAUUGAGGAGAUCAUCCGGGAUGUGGACCUGAAUGGAGAUGGGCAUGUUGAUUUUGAAGAGUUUGUUCGGAUGAUGUCCCGUUGAAGGUUAUUCUCAGCUGAAGAAGGAACCAGCACCUUACAGAGGGCAGAAGAGGACCUAAGUGGAGCAUCUAGCCCCGAUGUUGCCACACAAAGGUUAACAGGCUGGCUGCAUUUGAGACAGUGCAAGGCAACCCGCCUCUCCUCCCCUAAAGUGGUCCCCACGUCCUUCCGCCCUUUCACACUGUGAAAGACUCGCAACCUCCUACAACUGGAAGCGUUCCUCAGAGAUGACGACUGCCGGAAGCUGCAGAGCCAGGACUCGCCACGAUGCUGGGACAUUUGCAACUUUAGACACCUCCUCCCCUGCUUUUUAAUCACCUGCCAACUGCUGCAAAGCAAGCGAAAGAGAGACCGUAUCAGAUGGGUGGACAAGAGUUAAGCCCUCUGGGAUCGGUGGUGGCAGCAGGGUGUGCUGUGCACCUCUUGGUUUCCCUUGGUGACCCAUGUCUGUUUUUGUGGUCUGUGUGUGUCUAUCUGUCUGUGUGGAGUUAUUUAUGCCCCCGGUAAAUUCUCCUGUCUCCUUUUGGUUAUAUUUACUAAGAGCAAAUACAAAUAUACAUUUGGGAAAAACAGAAAAGAGAUAAAUAUGCAAGCUGAA